UGACGUUACGUCAAACACCGCGACGUUACGUCAAGCGGCUGUCAGCUUGCCGACCGCCUCGCGUGGCAACCGUUUCCUGUUCUUUUACGAAGAGUCUUCGUCGACGCACGUCGUGUUUGCGGGUGUUCAGUGAGUGAGCUGCCAAAGUUCAAGUUCCAAACAUGGUCCGUAUCAGCGUGCUGGCCGAUGCCCUCAAGUGCAUCAACAAUGCGGAAAAGCGUGGCAAGCGCCAGGUGCUUCUCCGACCCAACUCGAAGGUCGUCGUCAGGUUCCUGACCGUCAUGAUGAAGCACGGCUACAUCGGCGAGUUUGAAAUUGUGGACGAUCAUCGCAGCGGCAAGGUGGUGGUCAACCUGACCGGCCGCCUGAACAAGGCCGGUAUCAUCUCGCCCCGUUUCGACGUCAAGCUAGAAGAUAUCGAACGGUGGACGAACAAUCUGCUGCCCUCCCGUCAGUUUGGCUACGUUGUCCUGACUACCAGCGGUGGUAUUAUGGAUCACGAGGAAGCCAGGAGGAAGCAUCUCGGAGGCAAGAUUCUGGGAUAUUUCUUCUAAUCGCGUACAGACACACACACACAUCUGCAGCGCCUUACAACAACAAACAAAACUGCGGUGGGAACAACACAGCGGUGCGCGGACCUCAUGGAGCAAUAGCAAAAAGGAAGAAUAAAAACACAAACAACGUGGAAAAUACUUUUUCACCGUUUCCAAUAGUUGUGAUUGUUGAAAGUGUUCAGAAAGUGCAAGUAGUUUUCUGAACGUAUUGCUAUACCCAUUUUUUGCUGCAGUUAGUAUAAGGAGAAACAAGUGACUUGAACCGUGUGCGGUUAAGCGGAACCGGAAAUAUAGAGAAGCGCAUUGUACCUACCAUAA